GAACCUUUCGCAUUUUCUCCCUCCAGAUGGAAGAACCAUAACAGAGCGAAAAGACAGCGGGACUGGAGGGAAAGACUGAUAUGAUAGGAUAUUUCUAGAAGGAAAAGAAGUGAAACGCACUCUUGGAACAAACACCAAGGGAAGAGGUGAAAAUAAGCUCUUCAAAAGCCCUUGCAAUGAUCCGUUUUACAAACGUUUAUUCGUUGUGAAAAGGGACAUUCCGGAAACUAUGAAGCAAGGAUAGCAGUACCGUCACAUUUCUCAGUUGCAUGGCUGUCCAAACCGCGAACAUGAAAGGAUGACAUAAAAAUCUAAACAGCCGACUGAAAGACCACUGCUUUCUCACGCUCAUAUAGAUGGAGAGACAGAGCGUUCGUGAGCGAUGGAUGCUGGAGCAGAGAUGAACAUUAGGUAGCGUUGGUAAAUAUCCAAGGAGACUGGAAAGUGGACAGUAAAGAAUAGCCGCUGGGGAGCUGUCGAAAGGAUGGAUUUUAGCGUGCUACGGAAUCUCAUCAGUAGAUACUGUGCUGGGGAGGAGUACUGGGUGGACAGUCGCACAGUCUACAUCGGUCACAAAGAACCCCCGCUGGGGGCCGACGCCUACAUCCCUCAGCGUUACCCCGACAACCGCAUUGUUUCUUCCAAGUACACCUUAUGGAACUUCAUCCCCAAGAACCUGUUUGAACAGUUCAGAAGAAUCGCCAACUUCUACUUCCUGCUCAUCUUCCUGGUCCAGCUCAUCAUAGACACGCCUACCAGCCCCGUCACCAGCGGAUUGCCUCUAUUCUUUGUCAUCACCGUCACCGCCAUUAAACAGGGUUAUGAAGACUGGCUGAGACACAAGGCAGACCGCAGUAUAAAUGAGUGUCCUGUGGACGUGGUGCAGGAAGGGACGGUGGUGAGGACGCAGAGCCACAAGCUACGGGUGGGGGACGUUGUCAUGGCGAGGGAAGACGAGACAUUCCCCUGUGACCUUAUCCUGCUCUCGUCCAGCCGCGAUGAUGGAACCUGCUACGUCACCACCACCAGCCUGGAUGGAGAGUCCAGCCACAAGACCUACUAUGCUGUACCAGACACCAUGGCCUUUAAGACAGAGCAGGAGGUGGACUCUCUACAUGCGACUAUUGAAUGUGAACAACCACAGCCUGACCUCUACAAAUUUGUGGGGCGCAUCAAUAUUUAUAAGGAAAGUGAAGACCCCAUAGCCAGACCCCUGGGAGCUGAGAACCUUCUCCUCAGAGGAGCCACCCUGAAGAACACAGAACGCAUUUAUGCUGUAGCCAUCUACACGGGCAUGGACACCAAGAUGACGCUGAACUACCAGUCCAAAUCCCAGAAACGCUCCGCUGUGGAAAAGUCGAUGAAUGCAUUCCUGAUAGUGUAUCUGUGUAUCCUGAUCAGUAAAGCGGUCAUUAAUACAGUUCUGAAGUACGCGUGGCAGUGGUCUCCUGACCACGACGAACCCUGGUACAACCACAGGACCGAAAUCGACAGAGAACGCCACGUGGUGAUCAGGGCGUUCACAGACUUCCUGGCCUUCAUGGUGUUGUUUAACUACAUCAUUCCAGUCUCCAUGUAUGUUACCGUGGAGAUGCAGAAGUUCCUGGGGUCUUACUUCAUAGCCUGGGACAAGGAUAUGUAUGAUGAGGAGCUGGGGGAGGGGGCUCAGGUCAACACAUCAGACCUCAAUGAAGAGCUGGGACAGGUGGAGUAUGUGUUUACUGAUAAGACGGGGACGUUAACCGAGAACAACAUGGAGUUUAUAGAGUGCUGUGUGGACGGACAUGUCUAUAUCCCCCACGCCAUCUGUAAUGGACAGAUCCUCAGUGCUGCUUCCAGCAUAGACAUGAUCGACUCCUCACCUGGAGGAUACCACAGGGAGCAUGAGGAGCUGUUCUUCCGGGCUCUGUGUCUGUGCCACACGGUGCAGGUGAAGGAGGAGGAGACAGUGGAUAGCAUCAAGAGAGGGAUCCACCAGGGAAAACCCACCUCCUUCUACAUAUCAUCCUCUCCUGAUGAGGUGGCUCUGGUGGAGGGCAUGAAGAGGUUGGGGUACACAUAUCUGAGACUAAAAGACCGUCAUAUGGAGAUUCUCAAUAAGGACGAUGAGAUUGAGAGGUUUGAGCUGCUACACGUGCUGAACUUUGACUCUGUCAGGAGGAGAAUGAGCGUCAUUGUCAAGUCUAGUGCAGGGGAGUACCUGUUGUUCUGUAAGGGGGCUGACUCCUCCAUCUUCCCCAGGGUGGUGUCAGGGAAGGUGGGGCAGGUGAGGGCGCGGGUGGAGCAGAACGCUCUGGAGGGCUUGCGGACCCUGUGUGUGGCUUACAGGAGUCUCUCCCUAGUGGAGUACGAGGAGACGUGUCAUCAGCUGAGCGACGCCAAGCUGGCCCUGCAGGACAGGGAGCAGCGACUGGCGCAGGCUUAUGACCUCAUCGAGAGAGACUUCACCCUGCUGGGGGCCACAGCUGUGGAGGACAGGCUCCAGGAGAAGGCAGCAGACACCAUCGAGUCUCUCCACAAGGCUGGGAUGAAGGUGUGGGUCCUGACGGGGGACAAGAUGGAGACGGCGGCUGCUACGUGUUAUGCUAGCAAGCUAUUCCGCCGCUCCACUCAAAUAUUGGAGCUGACCAAGAAACGAACUAAGGAACAGAGUCUACAUGACGUUCUGUUUGACCUGAGCAGAACCGUACUUAGACAACGCUCCCUGUCAGGGCUGUCUGUAGACUGUCACGACUAUGGUCUGAUCAUCGACGGGGCCACCCUGUCUGAGGUGCUGAAGCCCAGUCCAGAGAGCUCUGGCUCGGGGAACUACAGAGAGAUCUUCCUGGAGAUCUGUAGGAACUGCAGCGCCGUUCUCUGCUGCCGCAUGGCGCCCCUACAGAAAGCACAGAUUGUGAAGCUAAUCAAGGCGUCUAAGGAGCACCCCAUCACUCUGGCCAUCGGAGACGGAGCCAACGACGUCAGCAUGAUCCUCGAGGCACACGUGGGCAUAGGCAUCAUGGGUAAGGAGGGUCGCCAGGCAGCGAGGAACAGCGACUACGCCAUCCCAAAGUUCAAACACCUGAAGAAGAUGCUGCUGGUUCACGGCCACUUCUACUACAUCCGCAUCGCUGAGCUGGUGCAGUACUUCUUCUAUAAGAAUGUGUGCUUCAUCUUCCCUCAGUUCCUAUAUCAGUUCUUCUGUGGAUUCUCUCAGCAGCCCCUGUACGACACGGCCUACCUGACGCUGUACAACAUCAGCUUCACCUCCCUGCCCAUCCUCCUCUACAGCCUAAUAGAGAAACACGUCAGCAUAGAGACGCUGAAGAGAGACCCCACUCUGUACAGGGACGUAGCUAAGAACUCUCUCCUGCGCUGGCCCGUGUUCCUGUACUGGACGUGCCUGGGCUUAUUUGACGCCUGUAUCUUCUUUUUUGGUGCCUACUUCCUGUUCGACAACACCACCUUCACUAGCAAUGGACAGCUUAUGACCACCAACACACAGAUGAUGUUUGGGAACUGGACUUUCGGGACUCUCGUCUUUACUGUGCUGGUGUUCACGGUCACGUUUAAGCUUGCCUUGGACACACACCACUGGACCUGGAUCAACCAUUUUGUCAUCUGGGGCUCCCUGCUUUUCUAUGUCAUCUUCUCACUGCUCUGGGGAGGCAUCAUAUGGCCCUUCCUGAACUACCAGAGAAUGUACUAUGUGUUCAUGCAGAUGUUGUCCAGCGGUCCGGCUUGGCUCAGCAUCAUCCUGCUCAUCACGGUCAGUCUGCUGCCUGACGUGGUCAAGAAGGUCCUCUGCAGAACCCUGUGGCCUACCGCCACCGAACGCGCACAGUCCACUUGCCCGUGCCUUACCGUGGAGCCAUCCACCAUCUUCGUGCUCUCUCAGUCCGAUAGCAGAUUGAGUUUCUGAUUGGCCGAGAGAUGGCAGAGGAGGAGGAGAGGGUGAAUGCUGAUGGGGUGUGUGAGGGGAGUGUAUCCUCGGUACCCAGUCCCCAGUCCUGUUGAUGGAGGUGGAGGUGGAGGCAGUGAGAGAGACAUGCUUUGCCCUGCUAGGACCUGUGAGGGGGACAGAAGAGGUGGAGGGGUGCAAGCUGCCAGGACCUAUGACUCCAUGAUGUCACACAACCCUAACUACCUGCUCAGCCAGCCCCUAGACCACGCCCCCUCAGAGAACUAGGGUUGCUACGGAUGUUGACAAGCCGUUGCAGGGCAGUGUAGCAGAGUUGACCCCCGUGUCCCCUGGCCCUUCUGGCCCUUCCUCCAAACGGAAGAGUACUGACUCCUCCCACCUCCACAUCAGGGUUCCAAAAUCCCUCCCACUCCGCAGAUCUGAGUCCUUCCCCCUCAAACUACUAUUGGCCCACUGGACUGAUGGGGGCGGGGCAGACCGCUACACCCUCAGCCCCUACAUGCUCCGCCUCUCAGGGGCCGGUUUCACCUACUACGCACCGGGGCCAGAGACCUUUGUGUGACACACACACUCACACACACACACAGGCUAAUGUGUGAACACACAACGAUGUGCACACACACAGAGACCAAUGUGAGCUAAACCUACAGCCUACCAUGGAUGUGGAAGGAUUUGUGUUCCACUCAUAAACAAUGCAAACACACACACACGCAAAGUAAUUCACACAUACUCAAAAACAUGAAACAUCUUCACACAAUUCACCAUAUGCAUUGUCAGCCAUUCAAAUAUACCCCCCUCCCCCAAGCUGCCUCCCACUGGCCUGUCAUAGUAAAUGUAAAUGUAAUAGUUCCAUUUCAGUCUGGUCCUGAUCUCAGUCCAGUCCCAGUCCACACCUCUACUCUGUUCUGCUACUCCACUCUCCAUGUAAAAAUACUUGAAUCCAACGUUGACACCAGUAGUGUUAAAGGAAAACUCUCACAGAACACAAGAAGUUCUGUAUUUGAAUGUGCGUCUCUUCUACACUAAGGAAUCGUACUGUGUCACAAUAUGAAACAGCAUUUUCUGUUUCUAUUUUAUUUACUGUCGUUGUCUUUUUUUAAACUUUAUUUUCUCUGUCUCUCAAAUAUGUUCCUUUUGUUGAAAUAACGGGAGUUGCUUCGCAAAAUGUUCUGGGGAGAAAGACAUCUGUUAUUCACUGCACGUGUGAGUGUGUGUGUGUGUAAAUAUGUGUGUGUGUGUUCAAGAGAUACCUCUGCCUUAGUAUAACAAUAACAGCAGGCUAGGAGCCAAAGGAGAAGAAGGGAACUGUGUAAUUCUCACUAUAGUGGUGUAUCUGUCUAUUCUAAAGCCUUACACACCUAAUUUUCCCUUUUCCCCUAUCCCCCAUUCCCCAGUGAACUUGUGUAAGUCUGAACGCAAUGGAUUGGUGUAAGUAGUAUGGUGAAAAUUCCACCAAGCCUUUCAAGGAACAAUAUGGAGCUACUAGUAUAGUUGUACACAAGGGCCUAGG